CUUCGAGCAGCGCAUCCACAUACAAACAACCAUGUCGCGUAAAUCUAUCGAGCGGAAGCUCAUCACAGUCGGCGAUGGAGGCUGCGGCAAGACUUCCCUGCUCACAGUCUACACAACACGCGAAUUCCCGACCGCCUAUGUCCCGACGGUCUUUGAAACCUAUGUGCAAGAACUACAAGUAGGCAACCGGCAUGUCAGCCUAUCUUUAUGGGAUACAGCAGGCCAAGAAGAGUACGAUCGGCUCAGACCCCUCAGCUAUCCAGAGACAAAUAUCAUUUUGGUGUGCUUUGCUAUAGACUGUCCGCCGAGUCUAGAGAAUAUCGUUGACAAGUGGUACCCUGAAGUACGGCAUUUCUGUCCGCGUACACCACUGCUCUUGGUAGGGCUCAAGUCGGAUCUACGACAGAAUCGGAAUGCGCAGGAGCUACUCAGAGCGCAAGGGCUGUCGCCUGUGACGUUCCAGCAGGCAAGUGCUGUAGCAGAGCGGAUGGGCGCACAGUACAUGGAAUGCUCAAGCAAGGAGAACCAGGGUGUGGCAGAGGUCUUUGAACUGGCUGUAGACAUGGCUCUCUCGGACGGCUCCCUCAAACGGUUACGGAAACGCAUGUGUGAUAUUGUAUAAGAUCUCUCGGAGCGAAAGGUGUGCUCUAGCUGGUCUAUACACAUGCAUCUUGCUGCGACUCAAAUGUUUGAACUCUGAUAGAAUGCAUAGCAAUGGCCCUUUUUUCUGUUGAUGCUAG